CGCCCCUCUCCCAUCUUGUUAAAUUCUGUUGGCGGAGGUAGGGAAGACGCCCCUGACUUGGGUACUCUAUAUUCAGCACACGGGGAAGACGCCCCCUAACCGGGAACUCCGAUUGGCUACAAAGAUGACCGCGGCCCCACCCCAUCACUGGGGAAAGUAAAUAAAAACCCUCCAAGAAUUUUGCAGUCGCUCCGUCGCCGCCAGGGUAGAGGUGUGUGUGGCUAGCAUUGGGGGCGGGGCUAGGCAAGGAUCGCCUAUGAGGCGGGGAAACGAGAAGGCUGCGAGUUGAGGAUAGGGUCUCUCUUUGGGGGCGUGGCUUAUGGGUCCUAGCUUUCCCGCCGACGGUUGACCACGUCACGUGACAUGGGUUGGAAGAUGGCGUCUCCCACUGACGAUCUGGAAGCAUCUUUGUUAAGUUUUGAAAAACUUGACCGUGCCUCACCAGACCUUUGGCCAGAACAAUUACCAGGUGUUGCUGAAUUUGCAGCGUCUUUCAAAAGUCCUAUUACUAGCUCUCCGCCCAAAUGGAUGGCCGAAAUAGAACGUGAUGACAUCGACAUGUUGAAAGAACUGGGGAGCCUCACCACAGCUAAUUUGAUGGAGAAGGUACGAGGCCUACAGAACCUGGCCUAUCAGCUGGGGCUGGAUGAGUAUCUUAGGUCUUCAUUGAUCUUUCAUUUGCUUUAUGAUUCCAGCCAGAGAGAUGACACGGGGGAAAUUUCUCAACAUUCUAGAGAAGCCCAAGAAGUAGCAGCAGCAGCUCGUGAACAGAAUGUCCUGGGUGCUGGAACCAUGCUCCUCUCCCAGUGCACCUCACUGCUUCCUGGCGAGAGGCUGGAGGGUGCACCUCCAGGACUGACCCUCUCCUCUGCUCCUGGCACUCUGCACCUCUGAGGACAUUCGGCAGCAAGAGAAGAAUCUGUUCUACCCAAGGAUCAGUGCAGUUUUCAAUCAGCUUUCAGACUUUGGCUGUCUCUGCCUCUGCCUCGGAUGUUGGUAACCCCAGAGGGGAUAUCAUUCUUGAAGGUCAAAGACCUGCUUUCUCAUUUCCAGAAGUGACUCAGGAUCUUAACAGUUGGUUUGAUUCGAUAAUGGCAUAGUUCAUUGUGAUGUUGAUUGGAUGGGUUAUUUUGAGUUGUACUUGAUCUCUUAGGAAGUAUUUAUGAUGUGAGGAACCCAGAGACCAAUUAGAUUCUGGACCAGACCCUGCACCAUGCAGUUUGACCUCUGAACUCUCCAGUGUAUACUAGGUUCCAAGAAUCCCUGGCUGGAGAAACCAGAAUCUCCUAGAAAUGUUUACCUGCUUUUAAAAUUCUACACCUCUCAUGAUAGUCUCAUACGCCCGUGCCCUCUGUUCCAUACCUCCCUGCCCCUACCAUCUGUUCUGACUCCAGGGAAGAGGGUCCCUGUGUGUCAAGUCUCUCCUGGGAUUAGCUUGUAUAGUGAAUGGCCCAGGUUGCACUGGUUUCUAGACCUCAAGACCAAUUUAAGGUGACAGAAAGGACUUUUAAAUUCUAGCUAAUCUGUUACAGAUUUAAGUGAGAAUGUUAGUAUGGCCUGAAAGAUAGGAAAAGAGGAUUGAUUGCAUGAGUUCCCAUUUGAUUAAAAACUAGAAACUCUGAUUGACCUUAAAAGAAUGUGCUAUGGAAUGGUGGCAAUGUUUGGCCCCCCUUGUCCCCUCUCACAGCACAUAUCAGAUAUUUCACCCAUGUGACAGAAACACACACAUGAAAGAGAAAGAGAAUUUCCUGACAUAAAUAUAACUUUUAUGGAGCUCUUUGCCAAUUAUCUGUCUCUGUGUUAAAACCUGAAAAUCUAGCCUGUGGGUAGUAUUGAUUACACUUGUUCUCCAUAUUUUGUCUUAUAAGCUAGUCCCCAGACUCUGAUGUUUUGGAGGGCACACGGGGUUUCCUAAACUUUAUGAAAAGAACAUCCAUGUAGCAGUAGGCCGAUGGUGUUUGGACACAAGGAAAGUUGUGGUCAGUUUUUCGGUCCUGAGCGUCUGUGCUCGGGCGCAGCACUAUUGCAUUAAGUAACUGGUCCAUUAACCAUUUUCUGACACUUGUGCCUUGUUUACCAUGCUAGAAGUAAUGUUGAAUUUUUCCCUCAUUUGUGCCAUUUGACCACCCAUGCAAUUUUACUUACUGACAAGAGGGAAGAAAUUGAACAUAAAACACAAAGGAUGAAUAUAAGAAGGAAAACAUUCUACUUGGAUGUUAUAUAGAAGGUUAGGCUAUAGGGCCUUUGAUUUUAAGGUUAAGUUUAUUAUUGACAUUCCUUUAUCUUAAAUGUGGUUGAAGAGUGUGUGUGCGCACAAAAAUAGUGCCAUAAUAUCAAAUGCUUCCUUUGCUCUGUUUUUGAGAGUUGAUGACUUCAAAAGGGGAAAUUGAGAAAUAUAUGGAGGCUAUUGGGAUACCUCCCCAAAACCAACUCAGGUCUGUAACCCGAAGUGACGUAGUUGGUUUUUGGUCUGCUUUGGCCUCUUGCAUUUACUGUCGUCUUAUUCACCAGCACUUAAUGUAAGUAGAUGUUUUAGAAUUGCAAUAUUUAUUGGUUUUAUAUUUGUCGUCUCAGAAAUGUUAAUAAUGUGUUUUUAUAUUGAUAAUAUAAAUUUAUGUACAAUGUGUGCAUGUAUGUAUUUCAGGGUGUUAGAGGAUUGUACUUUGUAUGUGAUGGUUUCUAUGUCGUCAUAAUAAAUAUGUCCCUUUUACAGGA